AUGCCGCGUCUGUGCAAGAAAGGUCCAAUACUAUUGACGAGGAACUUGCACAAUUUUCUUGGCAAAAUAAGUAUGAGAACGACUCAGCAGUUCAAGAGAACUUUAAUUACCAAACAAUCCCUGAGGAAACACUCGACAGCAAAAGGACUCAGUCGGCAGCCAUUGAGAGUUGCACAAAUUCCGUUCAGUUAUCCAGAGAUUGUACCCAUGAAGAGGAAGCCGUCGAUAGUAAGAGUCUGCAGAAGCUAUCGAAUCCUUGAAAGGAACAAGAGGAUUCAGAGAGAUUCGCCAGAAGAACUCUUGCUCAUCACCAAAAGAGGAAACUUCUUCCAAGACUCAUUCUUCCUCGACGCUCACCGAGACUUCAGUGCCGCUCUCAGGCAGGUGUUGGGCAGGUGCAAUCAAGUCAACUUUGAGGACGACACUGACCUCCGCCACACCGAUAUCCUGGAACGCUACAGGCAGCUUCGGUCUCGCGAUCUGAGGGAAGAGAAUCAGGCCGCUAUCGUCACAUCAGACAAGUCUUGUAUGAAGAUAAUUAUGGACGUUCAUGAUUUCAUGAGUGGAGAUGUACAAGCGAAGGUCGUUGAUGAGAAGGAGUUGGUCAUCGAGGACUUGUGGUGA